UGCAAGCACCCGUGCCGGGAAGGAUCGAGAAAAAAAAUGACGUUGCACACAAGCUCAAUGCGAUGCCUCACCGCCGAUUAGUCUAUAGCAACAUUCAGCGAACGAGUUCAACGGGAUGCCCGCCCAUCGUUAUGUCCAGUUUCUCCGAAAUAGGGUCAUGGCAUUUCUUUGCAACUCGAGACGACGACGGUUCGUGAUGUUAUGGAUAGCCAUCGUUCUCUUCCUCCCAUCACUCACAUACCUCGCCUCCAACUCCAACAUUUCAAUUUACGUUCCACGCAUCAGCUUCGAAUACCCAGACAGGCCGCGCAUCCAUCCAUACAACGCCUCCAAAGUCGCCCUCCUUAUCGAAAACCGCCCCAGUGCCAUUCUCGCGCCGAUCCUGCUACACUUUAUAUCCGUCGUACCGCCCGACUGGCAGUUCCGCUUCAUGGGAUCUCCCCUUUCAGUGGCUUCGAUCAACCGCUCUGCCGCCAUCCGGCACCAAGUUGCCUCCGGGAAGCUCGAUCUCACAUACAUCCCCGAAAACAUGAGCACAAACGGACAAGAAGAAAUUAGCCAGUUUCUCACCACGCUAUGGCUGUACGAGGUUGUGCUUCAACCGGCAGAGUGGCUGCUGGUUUUCCAAACAGACUCCAUGCUCUGUGCGAGUAGUAGGCUGAACCUCAACGAGUUUUUGGAAUAUGACUGGGUUGGAGCGCCAUGGAACCCUGGAGGGCAAUGGGGUGGAAAUGGAGGCUUGUCGCUGCGGCGUGUGAGCCGCAUCAUCGACAUCCUGCGCAACCAGCGACGUGCCAACGGCUCGCAACCCGAAGAUGUUUGGCUAUCCGAACGUCUUGCCCAUCAUCCCAACGGUAAAGUGGCUAAUGGAUCCGUGUCACUGACGUUUUCUGGGGAAAUGCACGGCGGGCAGCCAGAGCACUCUAUGAAUAAUUCAAGUAGCUCCAACCUUGACCAUGUCGGCGAUGGCGAGUAUAUGUCGGGAGUAGAUGACUGGAGAAUAGGAUUUUACGAGCCAAUGGGAUACCACAUUGGUGGUAGCGGUUCUUUUCUUCAUAGUCCUAUUUGGGGAUCGCCAGAGCUGAGGGAACACAUGUGGAAAUACUGUCCGGAAAUCAAGAUGACGUUGGCGAUGGAUAUAGCCAAGUAUAUCCCUGGUAACUGCGGCGCGACGUGGAUAUAAGUCUAGAUGAACUUUGAAAACAAGAUUGAUUGUCCAUGUACAGUUAACAGCUUCACUAUAGACCUAUUGUUUUGAGACUAAAUGUAAUAAGGGGUCCGGAACUUCGUCUGCCCAGAUCCUCCAAGUUUAGCUUAGAAAUA